AGCGUGGAAAACUUGACGCUGCAGUUCAUUAUAAACAGUCUCGAUUGUUCUUCUCAAGUUGCUUCCUUUUGCUUUUCAUUUCUCACCUCCCUUUCGCUCGUUCUCGACCGUUGUCACACAUCAACUCCAUUCACGCCGGCCUACACUUCCUACCUGGUUUGAAACCCGGUCUUGUCAAAAUGGCUGGCGUCGACCGCAAAUACACCAUGCGCCCGGUCAUUCCCGCGGAGCGCAUGGACUCCUGUGGACGAAUUACUAUUGGCAACAUUCCGGAAGGAAUCACGGAGGCCCAGCUGAAAGCGAACCUCUCCCACCACGGAGAUGCCAAGGUCCACAUGUUCGUCCCCGCCUGCGAACACAGCGCUGGAUGGGCGUGGGUUAGCUUUAGCAACCGGGACGAGGUUGUCAGCGUGCUGCAGACCGCGUACGAGAAGAGUCACGCACGCCAGAAGCUAGAACAGGGAACCGCGGCUGAAGUCGAAGCGACCCCUGCUCCGGAACUCGAGGGAAAAGAUGCAAAGAAGGUUAACGGCGCUUCCGACAAAGAAAGCUGGGCGACCAGCGAGGGCGAAGGCGCCAGCAGCGAUGUCCAAUCCUCAGAGUACUCCCCUGAGCAGUCAGAUGACGAGCCAGGCAGCAGAUAAACUGCUUCUCUUCACCGAAAACAGCAUGAUAUAGCCCCACGGGUUCCAACCCUAUGGCUCCGGGAUUUAACAGUCGCUUGUACUGCUCCAAGAACUUGCUUCGUGGCAGUCGUUCUCUUGUAGCGAUGCCCAGGCUGCUGACAAUGCUUACCAUCUUGGUGAAGCGCCCACUGAUGGUUACGUGCACGUUGCCAAAGUUUGACGUGACUGUGAAAUGGUGGGAUCGUGCCUGCCUCUGAACUUCUCGAACUCCAGAUUCUCCGCCACGGCUGAUGGUGUUGCGGCUUAACUGUUACUAGACGCUCCCAAGGUUGAUUACGCCUAAUCUAGUUGCUUUUCUUGACUCAGAAGGAUUGGUUUUUGCCGCGCAGGCAUUCGACAUCAGGUAGCCUGUCAUACGGGGGGACUGUACAGCGUGGCAUCAGCGAGUUCCCCCGACAGGGAGUAGUUAUUCGCGGCGCAGCCGGUAACAAUCUUCUGCUGAUGCUUGAGUCGUGCCACGCGGUCAGGUAACAGCUAAAAUGUAAACGAUAGCUAGAUGCGUACCGCUCAUCAGUUAUUCAGUGAGACCGUAGCGAGGUGCCUUCCAGCGACUGUAGCUAAUCCGAGGACAAGGUAACACGAC